AUGAAGAUUCUUCUUCUAUCUCCUCUUGUGCUUGCACAUGUAAUCAAUUUGGUUAUUCUUUAUGAAAAGACAGGGCUUAAGGAGGUCAAGGAGAUGUACCACUAUGUGGUCGAAAGAUUGUUGGACAAGUUCAAUGAGCAUCUGCAACGAAGAGGAAUAAGAAUUAGUCUGAUGGACUUUCUGGCAUACGACGAUUACCUUGUCAAACCUGGGUAUCAGGAUAUAUCGAUUAUGGGUGGAGAGGAGAGUCUUGAUGCAAGAAUCGAAGCAUUGAACGGAAUCCCCACUAAUGUUAUUCUCGUUGCCUCAGCAAGUCCCGAAGAAGAACGGGAAAAAUUUAUACCAAACUCUCCGUGCACAAGCCGGUUUAUUAGCAAUAUGGUUUCCAACGACAUCGUUGACGACGAGUUACUUACCAAAAUCAUAUAUGCAGUCCUCGACUGGAUGAGGGGCCUUUUUAAGGUGGAGGUUCCAAGUCCUGUAAAGGAGAGAAGCCCUGAAGUCUUUGACAAAUUUGCAAAAGAUGUUACUACACCCGAGUUUAUAGAAAACUUGAAGCAAUGCACAAAAGAAACAAGAGACAAGUUCGAGAAGUUUAUCCGAGCAAUGAACUGGGAUGAAGAAAAAAUGCUUAGCUUGAGAAUGAUGUCUGAAAAGACUGACCAUUCCCAAAACGAAGGAGUUGAAAUAUCAAGUCCUUUGAAGUGGGUCCUAUCCAAGUCAGAAAAGAAAACCAAAGAUACUGAAACCGAUCACCAAUGCUCGGAAGAAAAUAAAUCAAAGAAAGAACAUUCGGAAUCAUCUUCCGAAGACGAAGAUUCCUCCUCCAAGAAUGAUAAAAAGAAGCCAACUAAAUCCCAUAAACCUAAAGAAGUACCUUCUAAAAGGAUAAAGAAGAUUUUGUCAAGAAAGGAAGAGUCAGAUGACUUUACAGACUUAGAAGAGACAGACAAAAAAGAAAGAGACAAGGAAUAUGAAAAAAGCCAAGGUAAUGGCUCUCUAAGAUACCUAGAUAAGAAUACAAACCUCCACAAUAUGCGAAGGUUGAAAGAAGACGAAGAAACACUAAUGGAAGAGAAGAUCAGGGAGGAACUCCAAAAAAUCAUCUCUCAUGAGCCCCACAAUACAAAAAAAAAAUUUGAAGACUCCAUCUUUACUGGAAUUCCUCCUUAUAGUGAUGAAGAAGCAAGAAAUGGCCCAUCCAGAAUACUAUUUUCAAGUAGAGCUACCCCAGUAAAAGGGACAUCAAGGCUUAAUAGAAGCUUAUCAUACGGAAGAAUCCCAUACAGAGGCGGCUAA